AUGGCACCUCUGACCUCUGACCUCGCGCCCUCAGCACAAACCACAUCAUCCGUCGUCUCUAGCGAGCCUCAGCCAGCCUCCAACUCAACAAGCGAAACUCCGCAGGUCGGAGCCACGCCCGCUAACAACGAGAGGGCCAUACCAGCUACGACGUCAAAACGAGAUCUUCCGUUGGCUUCUUCGAGCACUGUAGCGAAAGCACCAUCGUCCGUAUCGAAACCUUCGAUAGACCCGGCCAUGGUCUCCAGGGUUGCUGCCAAGAUCCGAUCACGAUACGCGCAGCCUACGAAACCCCUCUUAGUAGAGGACAAGGGCGAGGUAUCUGAGCCCUCGACAACAGAACCUCAUGUGCAGACUCCCAGUGGAACUGGUGGCGCUGGUGAUACUUCAGAUCUUGGUGGUAUUUUCGCUCCCACCGCUCUAGUGAGGCCCUCUGAUCAGCCCCGGGAUGUUGCCGCUACCCAUACGAGUACGAUGCUUCGCGCCGAGCCAAUGGGAGGUGCAAGUAGUUCUGACCAUGCUGCUCUUCUUCCUCCGUCGGCCAACCGUGACACUUUUGAUCCUGGGAAUGCUGACCGUCCACCUUGCUCCGUUCCUGUUACUCCUGCUCGUUUUCGUGCUUCUCGUUUUACCUUUGCUUCGACUCUUCUGACCGUCACAACGUCUCCUCCAAAUGUUCCUGGUCCCUCCUCAAAUGGACACCACGAUUUCUGCCCCAACGGACACCUCACCUUCGAGUCUCAGUCGAGAAUUCCGAUGCCCAUCUUUAUGACACCCACCAAGGCCGCUUCUGGCGCCAACGCCAUUCCUAUCGGCAGGGCCACGCCUGCAAAACCCCAUCGCGAUAUAUUCCAUGGUCUUCCUACCCCGAUCGCGACGCCUAUGAGACAUGCCAAUGGGGGUCAGAGACUUGGACACGACCAUAGGCUUGCGAAGACGAAGAGGCGCGCCGACGAGUUGGACGACGACGAGGUGGAACAACGGCUGGUGAAACGCCAGAAGAAGAAGGGCAAGAGGUUCGACCGGAAUGGGACUCUUCAGCAACUCCCUUUGACUUUGUCGCACGCGAUUUCUCCUGUAACUACCAGUGGUGCGAAUGCAGCCAGGCCCCAAGGAGAGCCAUCGAGGCCGAAAAGGCUCGCGGACGAGAUGGAGGAUGGUGAGAUCGAAGACGACGACGAACCUGUCGUGAAACGUCAAAGGCCCACUGGCGAUAGCGGUCUUGCUGAUAGGAGCGAGAACAGAGCCUCCAAUGGGAGUUCUUCGUCGAAGUCUUCGUCCACCAGGAACCAGCUGCCCACACCCCAGUCCUCUCCCGUCAAACGUCCCUCUGACAGUACUACGGGUUCUACGUCCGGCUGA